GCCCGGGAGCGCGCACGCGCACUGGCGCGGGGCGUGCAUCGCGACGGGCUUCUCUGGGGGACGCCGACACCGGCGAGCCGGAGUUUCAGGUUCAGUGGCAUCCGCUCGGACUCCUCGCCGGCCUGGUCUCGGCGGAGCAGCCCUCCCGCCGAAGGUAAGCGCGGUGCCGAGGACGCGGAGCAAAAUGAGAAAGGGCAGACUCCGAGGGAAAUGAAAGGGGGCGGGCCGGGCCGGCGGCGGGAAAGCGUCCCCGAGCUGGGGCGGGCUUAACAUGUGAUUGAUAGGCCAGACACCAAUGCAAGGGCUGGGGAGGCCGCGGGGCGGGACCUGGCCGUGAGCCGCCGGCUGCUGGGCGGAUCCGCCGGCAGCCCUAAGCGCGCGUUUCUUACGUUGUAGUACCUGCUGGCCCCUGCAGCGCUACUGAAUGUGCCGUUACCUGUCCCCCGCAGGUGAGGAAACAGGCUCAGGGAUGUGGACUUUAGCACGGUUACAGCCAGGAUCCCACACUGGGCAGUCUGACCCCAGAGCCCUCCUGCCGCUCGGGGGACCAAGGACCAUGGCUGACAAAACCGAGGAGGCUGGUGGCGUCCACUUCCCUUUUCCCUUCACACCCUAUGCCGUCCAGAAAGACUUCAUGGCAGCGCUGUACCAGGUGUUGGAGGCUGGCAAGAUUGGGAUAUUUGAGAGUCCGACUGGCACCGGAAAAUCCUUAAGUCUCAUUUGUGGGGCCCUCUCCUGGCUCCGGGACUUUGAACGGAAGAAACGGGAAGAGGAGGAGCGUCUCCUUGAGGGCAGAGCCAACCCCUUAAACGGCGGGAAGGACCAGGCCCCGUGUCCCCCACCCUCCUGCCAGCAGAGCCCAGGCUCCCCGAGGGCCAAUGGAGAGCCUGACUGGGUCACUCAGUUUGUGCAGAAGAAAGAAGAAAGGGACCUGGUGGACCGACUAAAGGAGGGGCGGGUCAGGAGGAAGAAGCGAGAGGAGCGCCUACAGCAGAUCCGUCACAACGCGCCGCUCAAGUUCGCAGCCAAGCGCAAGAGACAGGAAGAUGAAGAAAUUGAGCGUCUCCUCCGCCUGAGCAGGGAGAUGCUGGCAGCAGGCACGGGGCCCGAGCAGCUGGCCUGGGGGGAGGAGGACCUGGUCCUCGCCGAGUACGAGAGUGACAAGGAGAAGAGCUCGGCCAGCGGAGUCGACGCGGAUGAGGAUGACCUGGAGGAAGAACACGUAACUAAGAUUUACUACUGCAGUCGGACACACUCGCAGCUGGCCCAGUUUGUGCACGAGGUGCAGAAGAGCCCCUUCGGCAAGGACACUCGGCUCGUCGCCCUGGGCUCUCGGCAGAAUCUUUGUGUCAAUGAAGAUGUGAGAAAGCUGGGUUCUGUGCAGCUCAUCAAUGACCGCUGUGUGGAACUGCAGAGAAGCAAACACGAGAAGAAGAGCAUCGUCGAGGAGGAGAAGCCCGGGCGGAGGAGGAGGCUGGAGCCGCGGGCCACCUGCCCCUUCUAUAACCAUGAGCAGCUGCAGCUCCUCCGGGACGAGGUCCUGGCGGAGGUGAAGGACAUCGAGCAGCUGGUGGCCCUGGGGAGGGGGGCCCGGGCCUGUCCCUAUUACGGGAGCCGGUUCGCCAUUCCAGCAGCCCAGCUGGUGGUGCUGCCCUACCAGAUGCUGCUGCACGCGGCCGCCCGGCGGGCGGCGGGGAUCCGGCUGCAGGGCCAGGUGGUGGUCAUCGACGAGGCGCACAACCUGAUCGACACCAUCACGGGCAUCCACAGCGUGGAGGUCAGCGGUGCCCAGCUCUGCCAGGCCCACUCCCAGCUGCUCCAGUACACGGAACGAUACGGGAAGCGCUUGAAGGCCAAGAACCUGAUGUACAUCAAGCAGAUACUGUAUGUGCUGGAGAAGUUUGUGACUGUGCUGGGCGGGAACAUUAAGCAAAACCCCAACACCCAGAGCCUCUCUCAGGCAGGGACGGAGCUGAAGACCAUCAGCGACUUCCUCUUUCAGAGCCAGAUCGACAACAUCAACCUGUUCAAGGUGCAGCGCUACUGUGAGAAGAGCAUGGUUAGCAGAAAGGUACGUGUCCCUCUGCGCGGUCCCCCGUCGCUGUCCUCUGUGCCUCUCUCCUCCCGCCCUGCCGAACCUCUGAGCCCCGUCUCGUGCUCGCCGUGCGGCAGCUCGCCGGGGGCGGGGAGGGGCCCGCCUGGCUCCUCUCAACCACUGCCCUCAUCCCUGUCCCAGCUCCUCGGCUUCACAGAGAGGUACGGGGCGGUCCUGGCGCCCUCCAGGGAGAGGCCCAAACUGUCCGGGUUCCAGCACUUCCUGCAGAGCCUGCAGCCGGGGAUGACUGCGGCUCCUGCAGCCCCCGCGGAGGAGGAGGGGGAGGACAGGGCGCCGCGGCCCGCUUCCCCGCUGAUGCACAUCGAGGGCUUCCUCGCAGCUCUCACCACUGCCAACCAGGAUGGCAGGGUCGUCCUGAGCCGUCAAGGCAGCCUCAGUCAGAGCAGCCUCAAAUUCCUGCUCCUGAAUCCAGCUGUGCACUUCGCCCAGGUGGUAAAGGAAUGCCGGGCGGUGGUCCUUGCAGGGGGCACCAUGCAACCGGUGUCUGAUUUCCGGGAGCAGCUGCUGGCGUGUGCCGGGGUGGAAGCGGAGCGCGUGGUGGAGUUCUCCUGCGGUCACGUGAUCCCGGCAGAGAACAUCCUACCCCUCGUCAUCUGCAGCGGGCCCUCCACCCAGCAGCUGGAAUUCACAUACCAGAAGAGAGAGCUGCCUCAGAUGAUGGAUGAGACGGGUCGCAUCCUCUGUAACCUGUGCAACGUGGUGCCGGGAGGGGUGGUCUGUUUCUUCCCCUCCUAUGAGUACCAACGCCAGGUCCAUGCCCACUGGGACAAGAGUGGCCAGCUGGCCCGCCUGGCUGUCAGGAAAAAGAUAUUUCAGGAGCCCAAGAGAGUGAACCAGGUGGAGCAGGUGCUGCUGGAGUAUUCCAGGUGCAUUAAGCACUGUGGCCAGACAGGGGGCACGGUGACGGGGGCCCUGAUGCUCUCUGUGGUCGGAGGGAAGAUGAGCGAAGGCAUCAACUUCUCUGACGACCUUGGCCGGUGUGUGGUCAUGGUGGGCAUGCCCUUCCCCAGCAUCAGGUCUGCAGAGCUGCAGGAGAAGAUGGCUUACCUGGACCAGACCCUCGUGAGUACCGUCACUGCCUCGGAGGACAGGGGGAGGGGGCGCCCCACGGCUGUGACCUCCCCUUGCCCCGGAACGUGUGUGUCCCGUUUGCUCCGGAGCGGUGGGACCCCUCCACAGCCUGCGAGCUUCUCCAUGCCAUCACCUGUCACGCCGGCUGCUGUGCUCAUGAGGCCCACAGGUCCCGCGGCAGAGCCCGGCUGUGUCACCGUCACCGAGAACGUCAGGAGGAGGCAAGAACCCGCUCUGACGGGUCACGUCCUUUCUCCCCAGCCCCGAGCCCCGGGCCAGGCGCCCCCUGGGAAGGCGUUGGUGGAGAACCUGUGCAUGAAGGCCGUCAACCAGUCCAUAGGCAGGGCCAUCAGGCACCAGAAGGAUUUUGCCAGCAUCGUGCUCCUGGACCAGCGGUACGCCCGCCCUCCUAUCCUGGCAAAGCUGCCGGCCUGGAUCCGGGACCGCGUGCAGGUCAAAGCCACCUUUGGCCCUGCCUUUGCUGCUCUGCGGAAGUUUCACCGAGAGAAGUCUGGCUCUUCCUGACACAUGGCUGCACCACUGC